AUGCAAGUUGAAGAAUUUUUGGAAAUUCCUAAUAAGAACAUUGUUUAUGAAGUUCCCUCAGAUGAAGAAAUUAUUAGAAAACUUGUUAAAACAUUCAGAACUAAUAGUCUAGCAAUCACCAGUAUAGAAGACAUAGAAGAUAAAGAUAAUGGUCCCGAAAUCUCUAUAGUCAGUAUUGAUACAGCAAAUACAAGCCUGAAAACUAUGCGCACAUUUUUGCUUCAGCAAAAUGAUAUGGAGAAGUAUAUUAAUAUCUUAGGAAAAAUUGAAAAAUUCAUUAAUAAAACAAAAAUGGAUCAAAUGCAACAAAGUAAAAUCGAUUAA